CCAGAGAGAGAGGGAAAAAAAAGGAAGAAGCAUAAUUCAGCCAUUUUUUGCAGCACAGAGCUGCAGUGUCCAAGGUACGGAUUGUGAACAAGUUGGUUUUGUUUCACAUGUUCAUUUGUGAUUCAUGGCAGGGGACGUGGAAGGAUUCUGUUCUUCCAUCCAUGACACCAGUGUCUCUGCUGGGUUCAGAGCACUGUAUGAGGAGGGAUUGCUUCUCGAUGUCACUCUGGUUAUUGAAGACCAUCAGUUCCAGGCCCAUAAAGCACUCUUGGCCACCCAGAGUGACUACUUCAGAAUUAUGUUUACUGCAGACAUGAGGGAACGAGAUCAGGACAAAAUUCAUUUAAAAGGUCUAACUGCCACUGGUUUCAGCCACGUCCUUCAAUUUAUGUACUAUGGAACUAUAGAACUGAGUAUGAAUACUGUUCAUGAGAUUCUUCAGGCUGCCAUGUAUGUUCAACUUAUAGAAGUGGUGAAGUUCUGCUGCUCUUUCCUAUUAGCGAAAAUCUGCUUAGAGAAUUGUGCAGAAAUUAUGAGACUCUUAGAUGAUUUCGGUGUAAACAUCGAGGGAGUCAGGGAGAAGUUGGACGCCUUUCUGCUAGACAACUUUGUGCCACUCAUGUCCAGGCCUGACUUCCUGUCCUAUCUGAGCUUUGAGAAGCUCAUGUCUUAUUUGGAUAAUGAUCAUCUGAGCAGGUUCCCAGAGAUAGAGCUGUACGAGGCUGUGCAGUCUUGGCUGCGGCAUGAUAGAAGACGCUGGAGACAUACCGAUACCAUCAUUCAGAACAUCAGGUUUUGUUUGAUGACCCCAUCCAGCGUUUUUGAGAAGGUUAAAACAUCAGAAUUUUAUAGAUACUCUCGACAACUGCGUUAUGAAGUUGACCAGGCAUUGAAUUACUUUCAGAAUGUUCACCAGCAGCCUUUGUUGGACAUGAAAUCAAGCCGCAUCCGUUCUGCCAAACCCCAAACUACAGUAUUCCGAGGAAUGAUUGGACAUAGCAUGGUCAACAGUAAAAUACUUCUCUUGAAGAAACCAAGAGUCUGGUGGGAACUUGAGGGCCCACAGGUACCUCUACGCCCUGACUGCCUUGCUAUUGUCAAUAAUUUCGUGUUCCUGUUAGGUGGGGAAGAACUGGGCCCAGAUGGUGAAUUCCAUGCUUCUUCCAAAGUGUUCAGGUAUGACCCAAGACAGAACUCUUGGCUGCGGAUGGCCGACAUGUCUGUCCCACGUUCAGAAUUUGCAGUGGGUGUUAUCGGGAAGUUUAUCUACGCUGUUGCAGGCAGAACCAGAGAUGAAACUUUCUAUUCCACUGAGAGAUAUGACAUCACCAAUGAUAAGUGGGAAUUUGUGGAUCCUUACCCAGUUAACAAAUAUGGACAUGAAGGGACAGUGCUCAAUAACAAGUUGUUUAUCACUGGUGGAAUCACCUCAUCUUCCACCUCUAAACAAGUGUGCGUGUUUGACCCCAGUAAAGAAGGGACCAUAGAACAACGGACCAGAAGAACUCAAGUCGUCACCAACUGUUGGGAGAAUAAGAGCAAGAUGAAUUAUGCAAGAUGCUUUCACAAGAUGAUCUCUUACAACGGCAAGCUUUAUGUCUUCGGUGGUGUCUGCGUGAUCUUGAGGGCCUCUUUUGAAUCUCAGGGAUGCCCUUCCACUGAAGUGUACAACCCAGAGACUGAUCAGUGGACCAUCUUAGCAUCCAUGCCAAUUGGUAGAAGUGGCCAUGGUGUGACUGUGCUGGACAAACAAAUAAUGGUUCUCGGAGGCCUUUGUUAUAAUGGUCAUUACAGUGAUUCCAUUCUCACUUUUGAUCCGGAUGAAAACAAAUGGAAGGAAGACGAGUACCCUCGAAUGCCCUGCAAACUGGAUGGUUUACAAGUAUGCAACCUGCAUUUUCCGGACUAUGUACUGGAUGAGGUCAGGCGCUGCAACUGAUAACAUCUUUCUCCCUUAAAAAAAAGCAAACAAAGCAUUUGUUUGUGAUAAAGUAGCUAACUACAAAAUAUAAAGAAAAACCUCACCAGUUUUACUAUCAAAGCCAUUGGUCUAAUAUCUUAAGAAUUUUCAUUCUGUGCUAGCAUCCUGUUUUUUCUUUUCAGUGGCCUCAAACUCAUGCAAUAAGUUAAUUCUAAGCGCUAGCUCUUGAAACUAUUUCCAGAAGCAGUUUGAUAGAAUGCUCCACUUAUCUGGGAAGUUGAUUUUCUGCUUUCAACAUUUCUUUCAGAUGUUAGUGUAGGAGUCACGCAUCUUCUAAGAGAAGACCCGAUAAGUGUGAUCUGAUUUCAGUCUCCCUAUCUGAAACCUUUUUGAACAUUUAUUUCAGUGUAUUUCAGUCUGUUAUAUUUUUUUGGUUAUAUUAUUUAAAAGUUUAAAACUUUUGACCUUUUUGCAUGGCUUUUUGCUGAAAAUGCAAAAAUAUAAAUUUUCUACAAAAUUAACUUUUUAUAUUCAAAACACUAUUUCUAAGCUGCCUUCUCUUAUCUGCAUUGUAUUAGUGAAAGCACAUUCAUACUCACAUACAUUCUAUAAAUAUAUAAGGCACAUCCCUUUUACGUGUGGUUAGGAUUCUAUAUUUUUAAGCUAGUGCACUUGCACACACGGUUCGCCAUACUUGUUGAAUUUUAGAUGUAAUGUCUUUUCAUGUAUUAACGUUUUUAGAAAGUUAAAAUAACUGGAGUCCUCAUUUGGUAUCUUCAGUCCAUACUGAUUCAGUAAUAUUUGAACUUUUAUUUCUGAACCUUGUAUGGAUUUAUAAAAACUAACAUUUUAUAUUUUAUUUUCCAAAGUAAACAUUAGUGUUCCUUAUGGAUAUAUGUCUUUACUUCUUGAAAAUGUUUUUCUUUGCAGUCUGUUUAACGUUGCCCUGUUUUUAUUGAGAAUCGGAGUGGUAUUUGACAACCUCUGACCCUGCAGCGUGCAAGCACUUUUAAAGAGAAUUUAGGUAAUACUAGACUCCUAAAUAGAGGCCCCUUAAAAGUAAGUGCAACUCCCAUUCUUUACAUUUAGUAAGGCUGCUGUAUCUGUUAUUGAAUGGAAGGUAGCAACUCUUAGAAAAUUUGAGGUCAGUUUUGACUUAGAGGUAAGAAAUAGAAUGAUAAUGUUACUGGUCAUGUCUACUUGUUUAUUUCAUAUGAAAUACUCAGUGGCACUGCGGCACUAGGGAUGUAAGCUCUCAGCUUUUGUUUUAUUUACUGAAAGCUACUAGCAUGAAGGAUAGUAACCACAAAGUUCAAGAUGGAUCAAGAAUAGCUCCUUAAAAGCAUUUAUACAAAGUGUUUUAGGAUUAGCUGCAUCUUUCAACUGAAUAAACACGAAGGACAGAAGUGUAGUUAACAAAAUCAAGCAAGAAUAACCUGGGAGUGGGUCAUUCACAUGGAUGCCAU